AGGUGGGUCAACUUUUCACUCGGAGUGACGAUGUUCAACAUAUGUGUCCAACCUGGCGGAUGCUCGUGCUCUCCGGAAACUCCUCAGUGAAAAUUAAACACAGGGAAGCGAGGAGGAGAACAAAGUGAACCAUAUUAUGACCGGAAUGUAGCUGCUUGUUCCGUUUGGUGUUUUGGAAGUUUUGAACAGAUUUAAGAGACUAUUAAUGUCACAGAAGAAGAAGAAGAUGUUUUCCUUCCUGCGGUCAGUCAGAGACCCCCCUCCUGAGAACAUCCACAUCUCCUCUCUGCCUCCCAGUGUUCCCACAGAUCAGGAGCCUGAACAGACUGGAGGACAAGCCGAUGACAUGGAGGAAGAGAAAGCAGUGAUCCAGACCACACACACACACGGAGCGUCCGCCCCCUCCCCCUCGGUCUUCCUCCAGAAACAGAAUAAUGAGCCUGUUUCGAGUACUUACUUUGAACAGAGGGUCCCUGUUCCUGAGGAGGACAGCGAGGGGGGGUUUAGUUUCUGCAAGCUGUGGGCCUUCAGUGGGCCGGGGUUUCUGAUGAGCAUAGCCUACCUGGACCCAGGUAACAUCGAGUCUGACCUGCAGUCUGGUGCUAAAGCUGGCUUCAAGCUCCUCUGGGUGCUGUUGACAGCCACCAUCACCGGUCUGCUGCUGCAGCGGCUGGCGGCUCGGCUCGGCGUCGUCACCGGGAUGCACCUGGCCGAGGUCUGCAACCGCCAGUACCACACGGUGCCUCGUAUCAUCCUGUGGUUGAUGGUGGAGCUGGCGAUCAUCGGCUCAGACAUGCAGGAGGUCAUCGGCUGCGCCAUCGCUUUCAACCUUCUUUCCUCCGGCAGGAUCCCCUUGUGGGGUGGUGUCCUCAUCACGAUCAUCGACACGUUUGUCUUCCUCUUCUUAGACAAGUAUGGCCUGAGGAAGCUGGAAGCCUUUUUCGGUUUGCUCAUCACCAUCAUGGCCAUCACCUUUGGAUAUGAGUAUGUGACGGUGAGUCCAGACCAAGGCCAGCUGCUGAAGGGGAUGUUCAUGCCGUACUGCGAGGGCUGCGGGCCCGUUCAGCUGGCUCAGGCCGUCGGCAUCGUGGGAGCCGUCAUCAUGCCUCACAACAUUUACCUCCACUCUGCUCUUGUCAAGUCUCGAGAGGUGGAUCGGUCGAACAAGAAAGAAGUAAAAGAGGCCAACAAAUAUUUCUUCAUCGAGUCGACCAUCGCGCUGUUUAUCUCUUUCCUCAUCAACGUGUUUGUGGUGGCUGUCUUUGCGGAGGGUUUCUAUGGACGCACAAACCAAGAGGUGUACAGCGUCUGCAAUCAAACAGGAAGUCCUCAUUCACAUAUUUUCCCUUUGAACAAUGAAACUCUAGAGGUGAACCUCUACAAAGGGGGAGUGGUGCUCGGCUGUUUCUUUGGCCCGGCAGCGCUCUACAUCUGGGCCGUGGGGAUCCUUGCAGCUGGUCAGAGCUCCACCAUGACUGGAACGUACUCCGGCCAGUUUGUCAUGGAGGGUUUCUUGAACCUGCGCUGGUCGCGUUUUGCUCGGGUGUUGUUGACCCGCUCCAUUGCCAUCACUCCCACCCUGCUGGUGGCCAUCUUCCAGGACGUGCAGCACCUGACGGGCAUGAAUGACUUCCUCAAUGUGCUGCAGAGCUUGCAGUUGCCAUUUGCCCUCAUUCCCAUCCUCACUUUUACCAGCAUGCCAUCUCUCAUGAAUGAGUUUGCCAACGGAUUAGUGUUUAAGAUCGGAGGAGGACUCGUGAUCGUGAUCGUGUGCGCCAUCAACAUGUACUUCGUCGUGGUCUUCGUGACCUCCCUCAACAGUGUGUGGCUGUAUGUGAUGACAGGAUUCCUCUGCAUAGCAUACCUGACAUUUGUGGGAUAUUUGGCGUGGUUGUGUCUGAUAGCUCUGGGAGUUUCCUGCCUUGAUCCGACCACCAGGAGAGGGAACGACACAACCAUCCUGAUCGAGCGGCGGCCAGAGUUUGACUCCUGAAUCACAUAUGGACCUUUUUUUCCAAAAGUGCAGCUGUGAGCAACCCGACGGUCUUCUCUUCCACCAUAUUUAGCCUCCUUUGCCUAUUUAUUAAUAAUAGAAGUUCAGAAAUUAAUUAAAUAGAUGUUUUUAUUUAGUAAACAAGAAACUGGUAUUGUCAAUGUCUGUAUCUUUAGUCACAGCCCAAAUACUGAUUUUACAAAACAAUUAAGAUAUGUUUUGUCAACUUGACUGGUUUACAGGUGUGAAUGAGGUUAUACUGUAACGCUGGUUACAACUAGAGUUAAGUAUAAACCUGAUAGUUGCUAGAUGGAGCAUACUGCUUCGUCUAGUCCACUUUAAUGCCCGCCUUAACAGUAGGACAACUGAAGACUGAAAACAAAACGUGAUACAUCGCCUCACAACUUAACCUCCCUGUUUUACAUUAUAACACUCUGACAUUAUUAUUAUUGCAGGCACGGUGCACCAUGAAGGUCCCUUUCUAAACUACAAAACAGAAUACGGUUAAUUGAAUUAUGAAAACUCAAUAAACAUGAGAAAAAUAAGGUAAUCCACCAAAUAUAAUUUAGCAAAAAUAAAUCUGUGUACAAUGAUGGAAAACCAGUAGACGAUAUGGCCUAGAAUACCACAUUUCUUAAGUACUUCGCAGCAGUAAUAUAAGUACAUUUUCUAAUGAUAUAAUUAAUUACCCAGAUAAUUGAUACCUGGACCCAGAUAACCAAUGAAAAAACACAACAGAUAAGCUAUAAUGACACCAUGACUGUAAUUUUUAAGUGUGUAACAUCUCUCGACAGUCAAAUAUAAAUGACUUUUGUAAAUCAAAAUGAAGACUUUUGUUUGGGGAAACUGAAUUCAGUGCACUUUAAGACUCCGUGCAGUCUCUCUUUUGAACACAGGGAGGCAGUGCAGGCCAUCGAAGACACUCCUCUGAUACAGUAAAUGUCUCACCACCAGAGCCGAACAACACAACACAUUAAAUGACAAGGUGUGUUACAUCACGUUUUAUGAGUUGCAUCACGUUUUCUGUUGUCGUUACAGCUGCACAGGAAUAGCAUUCUUCAAACAAAUGCAGUGUCAUUGGCUGCAGUGAUUUGACUGCUAAGCUCCUGUACAAUCAGUUUAAAUUUGAAAUGCCUGAGGUGACGGUAUGUCUGAAGAUUUACAACUAUUGUGCAACUGCCAGCAAGCACUGCUGGUUUCGGUAUUGCUUGAAUUCCAGUCCUGAAGUGCUUCAGCAUUUGCAAGCCCAGUAGAGGGACAGGUUUUUCUUUGCAUUGUGGCGGGGAACUUUUUUCUUUUUUUUCUUUUCCUGUCAUGGAGGCAGAGUUAUGUAAGAGAGGAGAGUCUUCCCACCGCCCCUCUCUGUUUUUGUUUUUCUCAAUGAGCCAAUGUCUCCCUGCCUAGGCCUCACAGCCUGUCCAGUAGGCCCCUUUCCUGGAAACAUAGCCUAGCAGAGGCCACUCAGGGGCAGGCCUGCAGAGGUGGGAGGGUAGAGGAGGCAGUGAGGGAGGGUGGGCGCUUCCAGCAAAUCACAUGAUUGUAGACCCUACAGCCCCAGCCCUACUAGAGGCUCAGAUGCUGCAAGUACAUUUCAACAGCUAGUUUGUCAUCAACAUGAUUGGAUGUAGCAAUGCAUGGCAGAGUGCAUGAGGCUGUGGAUUCCCAGGUGUGAUAUGUAGAAAUAGAACCACACCGCCAGAUGGAUAUGGAGUGUAUUUGUGUGUGUGUGUGUGUAAGGGGUAAAUGUUAUUUUUGCCAUUAAUGUCAACAUCUCCACAGCUUUUUUUGCCAUGCAGUAUAACUUGUUGAAUAGUUUUGUACAGAAUAUUUCUGAAUUGUUUCUCCCAUAUUUACAAUUGAUUUGCAUUAAUAUGAUAUAAUAAGCUAUUUUAACAGUGUUGUAUUUGUGUAUUUGCUUUAAUGUGUCGACAGGUAACAGAUUUGCAGAUGUAAGUCAACGAUAUGUUUUUGCAAAAAGAUCUCCUUGAUGAAUUUGUAAUAGCAAAAGCCCCGUGUUGUUGUAUUACUGUUGCUUGCCAGAACUGACAGAUUUUUAUGAAUUUCAAUCAUAAAAAUCAUUAAAGUCGUUAUCGAAUUGUAAACAAUCCCAGUGAACAAACACAAUAAACUACAGCACAGGAAUGCAGGAAUUGUGUUAUACAAAAAAAAAAACUCGCAUAAACUUGCAUAUCAUAUACUUUCCUUUCACUCUGUGAAUAUGAAUCUCAGGUUUGAAAUGUGCCAGACGUAGGCUUGAAUUCUCCGUUCCCCUCAUGUUUUUUUACAUGCAUUAUUUCUGUUAACUGGUGAAAGAUGGAUGUAGGUUUAACUUGUACCUGAUGUUUGAAGUCACAUGCUUUGGAAAGCUUUUUCCAGGGGUACAACAACGGCAGCACCGCUCAGGGCCUCAAACGCCAGCUUUCUCCUUUUGCUCUUCUUCUCAGAGGAACGCAACAUUAUAAGAAGGAGAGGGCAAGACGCACCAGAGAUCAGGCAAAUUGAUUUAGUAAACGGUGGCAUCAGCUCUAAACCGUAUGACUUUUUCCAGCUGUGCGGCCCAUACUUAUUUUGUAUAUAUUUUUACACAGAUCUGUCAGUGCUGCCCUAAAACGCCCGACACCAGGAAUGCAAACAGCGGAGCCAUUCUUGUUUAUGUCUUGCAUUGUGGCCACUGUGGGCACUGGCUGAGCUUGUGGUGUGAGGGGCCCACAUGUGUUUGGAAUGGAUAGUGGUUAGUUCAACUGUGUAGUUAUUCCUUUAUUAACAAAUAGAUUUUAUUGGUUCUUUCUGAGUUUUUCAUCUAAACUGUUUUAAGGCUGUAUGCAGUUAGUGUUCUCUCUACCACUCGUGUGUUUAAUGCGCUUAGAUAUUGCAAAUAUCUGCUGUUGCUCAACUCCACAUCACAGGUGCUCAACAUCAGUGUUCAUUUACUCAAGAGGUUUCAGACAAUACGAAGGCGCUGAAGAACCUCCAUGCUGUAAAUAUCUGGGGACCCACUGGUUAACCAUAUUGCCUAAUAUGAUUUAUAAACCACUUCUAUUUAUGCAAAAUGUGCUUUAGAUCUCUUCAGAUAGUGAACAAUUAUUAUAAAAUACACAGGAUUUGUCUGCAGCUGAGUACAAUUUAUUUUAAUCAAAAACAAUAGAAACAAUAGAAAUGUUUGUCACUUUUUCUCCUAGAUUUAGAACUAAAUAAUGACCUACAUAGUUGAUUAAAUAUGAUACUUUUUAUACUAUAUUUUUAUAUGAUAUACCUGUAAUGUUAAUGAUCAUCAGUCCCAUGGUAAAGUAACUGCAUAUAGAGCCUGUUGUUGCACAAAUGUUUGGAGAUUGCCAUAAUGCAGUAGUUCCCAGAGAAAAGUCCCCCAGCAGGUUUCUGGCAAAAACAAGUUCCAGUUUCAUUUUCUUAUUGUGUCAGUUAAGGGAAGCAAACUGAGAGAGAAAAUAAAAAAAUAAAAAAGAGCCUGGGUCAUUGGUUUCACUCUGCCCUCUGUUACCUCCACACAUAAAGUACUACUGAGGACAGUUGGUAUGGAGAUACUUCUACCAACAAAACUCCUCUGGAGUUCAUCCAUCUGCUGUUGCAUGCAUCAAACUGUAGGUUUAGUGUUGACUGAAUAUAUCCUUUGAAAGGUUAAUAAAUAAGCCUCAAAACUAAUUUGGGUUUCCUUGCUAAUCCGAGGUUGUGAUAUGAAGUUUGUUUGUAAACUAAAAGGAUACCCCUCUGUAGCUUAACAUGUAA